GGAGGAAGUGAGAAAGUUGGCACGGCCACGCCAGGCUCUGUGUGACAGUCCCCUAGUGAUAGAUGGACUAUGCGAGGAGGAUGAGCUCCUUCCUAGAAUACCCUGGCUUAAUGAGCGGAGACCUCGGGACCUGCUCCUCCAGACCCUUUCACCCUGACCAUGGAAUUACAACUUUCCAGUCGUGCGCAGUCAGUGCUAAUAACUGCAACGGCGACGAUCGUUUUGUGGUCGGACGAGGGGUGCAGAUAAGUUCUCACACCCAUCACCACCACCAACCCGGUGCCUUCCAGCACCACAGCAACCUUGGUAUGUCCUAUGCUCAUCCCAGCUGUGGCUCCAACUAUGGCAUGCAGAACUUCAGCCCUGGCUACUCUCAUUUUCCCAUCAACCAAGAGGCAGAUGUGAGCGCAGGGUUCCCCCAAUCUGUCUACUCCGGCAACAUCGCCUCGUCUGUGGUCCAGCACCACCAGCAGCACCAGUCUUACAUCGAGGGAUCCGCUCACUAUAUCCACCAUUCAUACGGACCUGACCACAAUAUUUCUGUGGCUAAUUACAACAACAACAAUGUAUCCAGCCUCCAUAGCCAUAGAGAAGUUUGUCGUUCUCCUGCCAGUGAAACGUCCCCGGGGCCAACACAAACUUUUGACUGGAUGAAAGUAAAGAGAAACCCACCCAAAACAGGUAAGGCUGGGGAAUAUGGUUAUGUUGGCCAGCCCAACACAGCCAGGACCAACUUCACCACAAAACAGCUGACAGAACUGGAAAAAGAAUUUCAUUUCAAUAAGUACUUGACCAGGGCCCGCAGGGUAGAAAUUGCUGCUGCCUUGCAGCUCAAUGAGACCCAAGUGAAAAUAUGGUUCCAGAACAGGAGGAUGAAACAGAAAAAAAGGGAAAAAGAAGGACAUCUCCCCAUUUCCCCAUCAGCCAGUACAGGAAGCGAUGAAAAGUCAGAGGAGCUGUCAGAAAAGUCCAAUUCUUCACCCUGUGCCCCAUCUCCAGCAUCCUCAACUUCAGAUCAUCUCAGUGCCUCCGGUUAGAAGGCUGGGGACAUUGUCUGUGCUCUAAUGAUCAACUAAAGCCUUAGCAGUCAUUUUAGUAAUCUGCUGUACAUGACAGAAUUCACCUGGUACCGUCAAGGUUAUAUUUUUGCACAUCUUUGAAGUAAUUUUCAUUCUUAGCUAAAAUACCAAAAUGAACUAAAACCUGUUAUGGCAUGUGUCGCACUAUGUCUUGUUAUGAGCUGCUAUGGACACAUGAGCGACAUUCCUUACUGGGACAUCACUGGUUGCAGAUCCUCAAGGACUGAUGCACUACUGAAAGAAAAAAAGUUUACACAAUUUAAAAGACUUCUAUUUAAUUUAAAGUUCUAUGGUGUCUGUAUUUGAAAAGAGUGUACAUAUGUUGUUCCAGAGGUUUAUCUUUGAAGUGUUUUGUAGAAAAUCUAAUAAUUAUCAGAUGGUGGAAUGGUUAGAAGAAUCUCCUAAUGAGGGCUCCUGAUUAAUUAUAUCAAUCAAAAUAUUAAUAACACAGGGCCUCUGCA